UACUCCCGGUGUAGUGCAUCACAGGCCACCUCUUCAAGCUUCAGCAUGGUGCUCGAGCUGGACCAGUACUCGGACGGCAAGGCGGCUCGCCUCUGGGGCCUCUACAUCGGCGACCAGACCGAGCGCACCAAGCAUUACAAGGACUUCCUGAAGCGAGAGCUGACCACCCACGACUGUCACAGCGUGCUGGACGUGGCCUGCGGCACCGGCGUGGACUCGGUGAUGCUGAUCGAAGAGGGCUACCAGAUGACAUCGUGCGACUUCUCGGACAAGAUGCUGAAGACCGCCUGGCAGACGCGCUGGAACCGCCGCAAGGAGGCCGCCUUCGACAGCUGGGAGAUCUUCGAGGCCAACUGGCUGACCCUGCCGCGUGACCUGGACACGGGACGGCAGUACGACGCCGUCAUCUGCCUCGGAAACUCGUUCGCACAUCUGCCGGACCUCACGGGCAACCAGGACAGUCACCGGAUCGCUCUGCGGAACUUUGCCAGCCUUGUGAAGCCCGGUGGAAUUCUUCUAAUCGACCACAGGAACUACGACUUUAUUUUGGACAACGGACGUGCGCCUUCGCGAAACAUCUACUACAACAGCAAGUUCGUCUCGGAUAUCAAGACGUCCGUGAUCUAUCAGAACGGCACUCCCACCAAGAUCGUGCUGGACUACGUCAUGGGAAACCCAGACGAGACGACCACUGACGUACUGGACAACAAGGCGCGCAAGACUUCAAUAUCGGAUGACCCGCGCGACAAUGAGUUCACGCUGAGCUACUACCCGCACCGUAUGGCCGACUUCCGCGGCCUGCUCGACGAGGCGUUCCAAGGGCAGGCAAGUAUAGAGACCCUGGGCGACUUCAAGCCUCUGGGCGAGAUCGACGACCCGGCCUUCUUCAUCCACGUGGUGCGUAAGGUGUGUGAAGACGAUCACACCUGGCACCAGAGCGCCUCGAGCUCAGGCGAGGAGUCCGUCUGAGAGCCGCCGUGGCCUCCGGCAACAGAUGACCUGGCCGAGAUGGCGUCUCGGAUCGGACGCCAGCCCUCACGCCGGCCCAGACACCUUGACCUUAACUCCGCGCCACACGGCACGAGUUAAGGUCCUGCCCGCGGGCAGCGGGUGUCACGGCCUCCUGGGAAACCUUGGUCUUAACCCCGCCGGCCCCGCCGCGCGCCGGUUAAGGCCCUGUCGUCAGCGACACGGGUCUCCCAUCCAUCGCGACGCGCCGAGCCGGCGCCGUUGCACGCCUUCACGGGCCACCUGCGCGCUCCUCGUCACCGCGACUGAGCUGGGCAGCAGGCAGAUGCACCUUGACUUCCA